AUGGAGAACUAUCAGAAGCUUGAAAAGGUUGGCGAAGGCACAUACGGAGUCGUCUACAAAGCCCGCGACCUAUCAAACGGCGGCAAUAUUGUGGCACUGAAGAAGAUUCGACUCGAGGCCGAGGACGAGGGUGUGCCCAGCACGGCCAUCCGCGAGAUCUCGCUCCUCAAGGAGAUGAAGGACGAAAAUAUUGUGCGCCUCUUCAACAUCGUCCACGCCGACGGCCACAAGCUGUACCUGGUCUUUGAGUUCCUCGAUCUCGACCUCAAGAAGUACAUGGAGGCUCUGCCCACGAACAGCGUCCUCGGAACUCCCGACGAAGACGCCUGGCCUGGUGUCACCUCCUACCCCGACUACAAGAUGACCUUCCCCAAGUGGUCCCGCGAUCCGGAUGCCACCCUCUGCCACAACCUCGACGAAAAGGGCCUCGAGCUCCUCGAGAUGAUGCUCGUGUACGACCCCGCCGGUCGCAUCUCGGCCAAGAUGGCCGUCAACCAUCCUUACUUCGAGCCGUUUUACCAGGAGCAAGAGAAGGCCGGGCGCGGGAAUGGACGCUCCUAG